AUGGCUUUCCUGGAAGAUGGAAACUACACUGCAGUGACGGAGUUCAUCUUAUUGGGCUUAACAAAUGACCCAGUCCUUAGGGUGGUCCUCUUCAACAUCAUCCUGUGCAUCUACCUGGUGACUGUGUCUGGGAACCUCAGCACCAUCCUUCUCAUCAGAGUCUCUUCCCAGCUCCAUCACCCCAUGUACUUUUUUCUCAGUCACUUGGCUUCUGUUGACAUAGGCUACUCAUCUUCUGUCACACCCAAUAUGCUUGUCAACUUCCUGGUGGAGAGGAGUACCAUCUCCUAUCUUGGAUGUUUUAUACAAUUUGGCUCAGCUGGUUUUUUGGGGACACUUGAAUGCUUCCUUCUGGCUGUCAUGGCUUAUGAUCGCUUUGUAGCAAUUUGCAAUCCACUGCUUUAUUCAACCAAAAUGUCCACACAAGUCUGUAUUCAGUUGGUUGUAGGAUCUUACAUAGGGGGUUUUCUUGAUGCUUUCCUGUUCACCCUUCCUUUUUUUUCUUUUCUUUUCUGUGGACCAAACAGAAUCAAUCACUUUUACUGUGAUUUUGCUCCUUUGAUGGAACUUUCCUGUUCUGAUGUCAGUUUCUCUGUAGUUGUUACCUCCUUUUCUGCUGGCGCAGUAGUCAUAAUCACAGUGUUUGUCAUUGUUGUAUCCUAUACCUACAUCCUCAUCACCAUCCUGAAGAUGCACUCCUCUGAAGGCCGCAGAAAGGCCUUCUCUACCUGCACCUCCCACCUCACUGCAGUCACUCUCUACUAUGGCACCGUCACCUUCAUUUAUGUGAUGCCCAAAUCCAGCUACUCCACAGACCAGAACAAAGUGAUAUCUGUGUUCUACAUGGUGGUGAUCCCCAUGUUGAACCCCCUCAUCUACAGCCUCAGGAAUAAUGAAUUAAGGGUGCUUUGA